AUGGAGGCUGUUGCUAAAUAUGACUUCACCGCCUCUAAGAAGGAUGAGCUCAGCUUCAAGAAAACGAAGGUACUGAAGGUGUUGAAUAAAGAAGACGAUCCGAAUUGGUUCCUUGUGGAGAGCGAGGGAGAAAAAGGACUCGUCCCCGCAACUUACCUCGAGAUGAAGAACCAUGACUGGUACUACGGUCGUUUGAGGCGUCUCGAUGCAGAAAAACUGCUCGGCGGAAAGCACCUCGGCGCUUUCCUGAUUCGCCUCAGUGAGACUCAACCGGAAGAGUUCUCUCUUUCAGUCAAGUGCGAAGACAAAGUGAGACACUUCAAAGUUCUGAGAGGCGCUCCGGGAAUGUUCAACAUCUGGGAUAUCAAGUUCCCCUCUCUGAACGAGCUGAUAGACUAUCACCGAAGAAAUGAAGCAGAGCGGAUGGUCAAGCUGAAGGACAUGCAUCCCGAUGACAGGCUGCUCCGCGCGAAAUUCGAUUACACUCCUAAACAAGGCGACGAGCUCAAAUUCCGCGCCGGGGAUAUCAUCCUAGCUGUGGAUCGUAGCGAUUCCGAUUGGUGGGAGGGUGAAAUCGGGCAUGCAAAAGGGAAGUUUCCGGCGAGGUACCUCUCUCCAUAUCGAGAGCAACCGUCUACAUACAAUUCCGAAUUGGCUGGGAUCGCUUCAAAGGCACCGUUGUGA